AUUUCCCAUGGUAAAAUUCUUUAGGCUUUGAUAUAACAUAGAUAAACCCUAAAAUCUCAGCUGCUAUACCAUUUUUUACUUUUCUUUCCCUAUUUUAGCUUAAAUUUUCUAUAUGAGAUAAAAGGGUGGGUUCUCGAAUUGGAUAACGGGCGGAGACAGAGAUGGCGUCGAGUUCUUCUCUGAUAAUCUUCUCAACAGUCCCAUUUUCUUCUUCUUCCUCAAAAUGUAUUUCAAUCCCCAUGUCCUAUUACCAAAAUAACACUUGCUUUAAACGAUUCUAUCUCCAUAAAAGCUCCUCUAAAUAUACCAUAAACCCUUCACGGCCAACUACACGAAACCGUAAAACCCUAAUUGUUAGAGCUGCUGAAUACAAAUUCCCAGACCCAAUACCAGAAUUCGCUGAAGCUGAGACUGAGAAAUUCAGGAGUCAUCUCAUCGAGAAACUAUCAAAGAAAGACGUAUUUGAAGAUUCUGUAGAUGAAGUGGUUGAUAUCUGUACUGAGAUCUUCGGAAAGUUCUUGCAUGCUGAAUAUGGAGGUCCAGGAACUCUAAUGGUGGAUCCUUUUUGGGAGAUGGCUGAUACUAUAAACGAAAGUGAAUUGCCUGGAGGACCUCAAGCUGCUCGUGCUGCAGUUAAAUGGGCGCAAAAUCACGUUGAUAAUGACUGGAAAGAAUGGAAUGUUUAUCAUAAUAAAGUUAACAAGGUUAGACCGAAUUGGGUCAUUCCAACGAGUGGGAAUCGAACUGGUCGUCAUAGAGCUCGUCUUCCCCGGAACGUAAAUACAACAUUAAAACACCCUGAAAUAAUAAUAAAGGGGUGCAAUUGGGCACAAGAUUUCCAGUUUAACCCACUACCCACCCACCCCCACCCACCCACCCACCUAGCGAAACCCUCCCUCCAUCGCUCCACCUCUAGCCCUUCUUCGCUCGUCGCCAGAGGGCUCUCUUCCUCCGCCACUCAGUCGUCGGCGACAUUGACGAACUAA